CGGCGCGGUGCACGCUGGGAUAUUUAAGUCUUCUCCGCGGCGCGGAGCCGCGAUGUCUCCGGCGGCUUCGGCGGCUGGAGGAGGCGACCGACGGCGGCCGUUAGCGAGUGUCAGGGACGGCCGGGGCCGGGGCUGGGGCUGCGGCGGGCCGGCUGGGGCGGCACUUCUCGUCCUGUCGCUGCUCGGCCUCGUGCUGUACCUGGUGCCGGCGGCGGCUGCGCUGGCCUGGCUGGCUGUGGGGGCUACCGCGGCCUGGUGGGGACUGAGCCGCGAGCCCCGGGGUUCGCGCGCCUUCUCGCUGGUUCGGAACGCCAGGCGUCAGCGAACACUGCUCGCCUCGCCUCCGGCCAAGUCGGCAGUAAACGGAAAUCUUCUAGAGCCGCGGAGCCUGCUGGAAGGACCAGACCCCGCUGAACUGCUCCUCUUGGGCAGUUACCUGGGCAAGCCAGGCCCCCCGCAGCCUGCCCCCGCCCCGGAGAGCAGGGACCUGCGGGAGAGGCCGGGCCGACGCCCACCCGCCCGCACCGCGCCGCCCGCUCAGUCGGCGCAUCCCCGUGGCGUUCAAGUUCACUCCUUCCUCCCCACUCCUCUCCUCCGGUCCUCUAGGAGGCCUUCCCACCGGGAUUGUGGGACUUUAUCACAUCGGUUUGUAAUAACACCUCGAAGAAGAUAUCCAAUUCAACAGACCCAGUAUUCCUUGCUGGGGGUACUUCCCACAGUAUGCUGGAAUGGUUAUCACAAGAAGACUGUGCUAUCUGCUCGUAAUUCCAAAAUGGUGUGCAGCCCAGUGACAGUGAGGAUUGCUCCUCCAGAUAGCAAAUUGACUCGUUCUCCGAUACGAGAGCAAAUUAUCAACUCAACACUGUCCUCACCAUCAACUAGUGCCCCAGACCCAUGUGCAAAGGAGACAGUACUGAAUGCCCUCAAAGAGAGGAAGAAAAGGACAGUGGAGGAGGAAGACCAAAUAUUUGCUGAUGGCCAGGAAAAUAAAAGAAGGCGCCAUGAUAGCAGUGGGAGCGGACAUUCAGCAUUUGAGCCCCUGGUGGCCAACGGAGUCCCUGCUUCUUUUGUGCCUAAGCCUGGGUCUCUGAAGAGAGGUCUCAAUUCCCAGAGCUCAGAUGAUCACUCGAAUAAGAGAUCCCGCACCUCUUCUAUGAGCUCCUUGACAAGCACAUACACAGGUGGCAUCCCUAGCUCCAGCCGCAAUGCCAUUGCCAGUUCUUACAGUUCUACUCGAGGUCUCUCUCAGCUGUGGAAGAGGAGUGGACCCGGUUCAUCUCCCUUCUCUAGCCCAGCCUCAUCCCGCUCCCAGACACCAGAGCGGCCAGCAAAGAAAAUAAGAGAAGAGGAGCUUUCUCAUCAUUCUAGUUCUUCAACUCCAUUGGUAACAGACAAGGAGUCCCAGGGAGAAAAGGUUGCAGAUAAAACCACAUGUAAGAAACAGAACUCGUGGAAUUCCCCAUCAACACCUGGCAGCUCUGGGCGGCGUAAACGGAAGGUUCAGUUGCUGCCCUCCAGGCGAGGGGACCAGCUGACCUUGCCUCCACCUCCCCAGCUUGGUUAUUCAAUCACUGCUGAAGACUUAGACUUGGAAAAGAAAGCUUCUUUACAGUGGUUUAACAAGGUCUUGGAGGAUAAGACUGAUGCUGCCUCAAACUCUGUCACUGAGAACCCACCUACCAGUCAGUCUUCUUUCACUUUUACCCUGCCUGCUGCUGGGAUUGCUUCAUCCCCAGCCUCCCUCCCAGCCCCAAGCACUAACCCACUGUUGGAGAGCUUGAAGAAGAUGCAGAAUUCCCCAGGCCUACCAUCCCUCCCCGAAUCUGCUGGCGUGGCAACCACUGUGGCCCAUUCGCCUCCGAAGACACCCAGCCCUCUGGCCCCUCUGGGCUCUUCAGAGUCAGCACCCCUUCCAGGCACCUCCGAAGACUCCAAAUCCACCACCACUUUCUUGGGGCUGACCCCUGCUUCUUCCCCAGGACCAGUCACUGACGCCAAGUCACCUCCGGACCCUCAGGCUGAGACACCUGCCAAAUCCCAAGCCCCGUCCGCCCCGUCUCCCAGCCCCAAGCAGAGUAUUCUGUUUGGAAUGCUGAGCACCCCACCUGUUAACCCUCCUGCCUCUGCGGCCCCUGCUGUGUCUUCAGCAUCUCCCAUGUUCAAGCCCAUUUUUGUGGUCCCACCUAAAAGCGAGAAUGAGGGCCCUUUGCCCUCUAGCCCUUCCAAGGUCACAGCCGCGUCAUCUUCCAGCUCAGCCGUCCCCAUGACGACUAGCAGCCCACCCCUCACUUUCAAGCCUAUCUUUAGCAACAUGGGGCCACCUGCAUCUGUGCCCAUGUUAACUCCCUUCUCCCUCAAGCAAACAGCUACUCCAGCCACUACCACGAGCGCCCCUCUCUUCAGCGGCCAGGCUGGCGCCACCUCUGCAGUGGUGUCCAUGACCACAGCCAGCGCCUCCGCAGACUCUGCUCCGAAGCCCGCGUUCAGCUUCGGUGUGCGCACCGCGACCAGCACCCCGAGCAGCGUGACUAGCACCACCGCUUCCGCCUCCCAGCCCUUCCUCUUUGGGACUCCCCCUGCUUCCGGUGCCAGCUUCACCCCAGCCGUGGGCCCCAUAUUCCAAUUUGGCAAGCCUCCCGCCAUGCCCGCUUCAACAGCAGUCGCCACCUUUGGCCAGUCCCUUCCCAGUGCCGCCCAGACCGCCCCCAGCAGCAGCAGCAGCAGCAGCAGCACAGCCAGCUUUAGUGGCUUUGGCAGCACCCUCACCGCCUCAGCCCCAGUCAGCAGCAGCCAGCCCACGCUGACGUUCAGUAGCACCACCGCCCCAGCGUUCAACAUUCCCUUCGGCCCGAGCGCCAAGCCACCUCCCCCGUCCUACCCAGGAGCCAACCCCCAGCCCGCCUUCGGGGCUGCGGAUGGGCAGCAGCAGGGGGCUGCCAAGUCGACCCCCGUCCCCAGCUUCGGCAGCUCUUUCACUUUCGGAAACUCUGCAGCCCCGGCCCCGACUGCGGCUCCAGCGCCAGCCCCGGCCCAGCCAGCCUUUGGUGGCACUGCGCAGUCGGCCUUCAGCGGUCUGAAGGCCACGGCCUCUGCCUUUGGCACCCCUGCCAGCACCCAGCCAGCCUUUGGCGGCACCACAGCUGCCUUCUCCUUCGGUGCAGCCACCACCUCUGGCUUUGGAGCUACAACCCAGACCGCCAGCAGUGGGACCAGUAGCUCAGUGUUCGGCAGCACAACACCAUCGCCCUUCACAUUUGGGGGACCGGCAGCCCCAGCCGGCGGUGGGGGCUUUGGGAUCAGUGCGGCCACCCCAGGCACCAGCUCUGCCUCUGGAGCGUUCGGCUUUGGAGCAGGACAGAGUGGGACCACUGGCAGCACGACCCCUUUCGGGGGAGGCUUGAGUCAGAACAGCUUGGGCGCGCCCAGCCAGGGCACACCCUUUGCCUUCAACGUGGCCAGCACGCCGGACAGCAAACCUGUGUUUGGAGGCACCUCCACACCCGCCUUUGGUCAGAACACCCCUGCUCCUGGGGUGGGCGCAUCAGGCAGCAGCCUCUCCUUUGGGGCAUCCUCAACACCCGCCCAAGGCUUUGUCGGAGUUGGACCUUUCGGAUCGGCGGCCCCCUCCUUUUCCAUUGGUGCGGGAUCCAAGACCCCAGGGGCUCGACAGCGACUGCAGGCCCGAAGGCAGCACACCCGCAAGAAAUAGCCUUUGCCCCUGCCCCCCACACCCCCGCCUCCCUUGCCCAAAUCUGGACCUCAGCACCUGCUAGGAAGAGCCUCUGACCCUUCCAGUUCCAUAACGCAGACCUGCCCCAGACCUCUGGCUUCGGCCACCAGGGAGGUGGUGGCAGCCCCAGGGGCUGUUUCCCUCUUCCAGGAAGCAGAAGCCUCGGGCCUCUCGAGGGAGGAGGGGGAGGCAGGAUGUGGCGGGGCAGAAGCCUAUUACUACCUUACUUGAACAGUUCCACUGGUGAGGCUGGAGGGAACUAAAGAAACAUCUGUACAUAUCGUCCACUGCCUUCCCUGACUCUCGUUUAGUGUAUGAGCUUGGUCAGGCGGCCUCCCUUCCCGCCUUUUCCCUGAGAGCCAGCUUUGCCGGAGGGCAGCAGGUAGAGCCCUCACCCACUUGCAUCUCUGAUAUGCACUUGAUGGGAUUGGGGGAUGGAUUAUCCCUAAAACUUUACCUUGCUUGGCUUGGCUAUAAAAAGUGGUUCUCCCCCUCUGGUCCCAUUAGGGGACUCUGUUUCCCCAUUUCUCGCUGCUUCAUCCCUUACUGGUUCCUUGCAGGAUCGAUUCCAUUUAAAAUGAUCCUGACUCUAGCUUUGCCUUUGGAGACCCCAGCGGGUGCUGCUCCUGCUGUUCCACUUCCUCCUGCCAAGUCCGAGCCGCUGUUUCAUCCCCGACCUCUGCCAGUUUGGCCCCUAAAAGCUUGGUGGCUCAAGACUGUUAGCCUGGCAGACCCAGGGGUGAUACCUUCCCCAGGAGAGGGAAGCUCCUGGAGCAGGCAGGACGCCCCCGCUGCUUUCAGCUGCCUCCUUGCCCACCGUCCCCGUUGGCCUCAUUGGGCUCGUCUGCCUCUCCGGGAUCGUAUGUCUAAAGCCUUGUCCUGUGUUAUUUUGUCUGAUGCUCACGUCUAUUGCUCUUUGAAUCGAGUUUGGAGGAAGAACUGAAUUGUAUGAGUGGCGGCAUGUUGGUAGUGCCGGACUUAACUGUUUCUCAAGUUCCUGGGGCCUCGCUAAUUGAAUGUGGAAAGUAGCACCACUUAUGGCUACAAGUGCUGAGUCCUGAAUUUUCAAAUGGUGUUUUGACUUUAAGGGCUGGCAGCCCAAGGAGGAUGGGUCUGAGGGGAAGCAAAGGCCUCUUCCCUCUGCUGUUUCUUUCCCACCUGUCUAACUUCACCGUAGGCUAGAUCACUUGUAGUAUCUGUUAGAAAACCUAAAUUAACCACAUUUUAAAAUUGUAUCUUACUUCCUCCACCCCUUCCUUCCUUCUUCCUUGGUUCCAAAACCACAUACCCCAGGCCCAAAAACCUUGCUGCCAUGCCCAUCCUCUUUGGGAGAAGUAUGAAUGCGUGUGUCUAAAUUAAAAGGAAAAAUAUUUAAACAUUUUUUAACAAAAUAAAAAUUUAUUUUUGUAUUUAAGCUAAAUUGCCUUUUAAAUUCCUUCAAGCUUGGUUCAUUGAGGUGGUUAAGUAUAAAUGCUAUUGACUAGAAAUUUAGCUGUAUAGUUAAGUUAUGCCUGUGUGAAGAAGAGGCUCAAAUGCUGUCCCAGGCAGCUUUCCUGAGGGACUAGAGCUCCUUCCGGAAACACAAAAUGUAAUUCUUAUUUUAUAAAUAAUGUGAUGUAGAUGUAACUAGUCCCCCUCCCCUUGGUGAAUGAGCGUGAAUGUUGUGUGGCAGGCAGGGGACUGUGCCUCCCCAGCCCCAAGGAGAGCUCUGUUAGUACUUAACUGUUGUGUGUGGAGCUGAGGAGGGACCCGAGCCUCAGACACCUGCGCCUAUACCUUACAUAAGGUAGCCCCUCUCAGCUUAGUACCUGCAGCUACAGCUAGGUAAUUUACCUCAGUUCCACAGGCAGGACAGUUGAUCCAGGAGCCCCCUGAAGCAGGCGUCCUGGCGCAGCCUGAGUGUGAGCGCGUGAGUGCGGGUGUGGACAUGUACGUGCACUGGACAGGGACGGGAGGCUGGGACUUUCCAUUACAAAUACAGACUGAAUUCCUGUGAGUCUAGUUGGAAUUUUUAGUAUGAACAUGAGAUUGUUCUCCUCGCUUAUGUCAUUAAAAAAAACUGUGAUCUAUCGUA